AACUGCCUGGCUCACAUAUGGAAUAUUUUCACUUCCUAUUCACAGUGAAGACAAAACUGCUGAAGUCAGCCCAGAGGAAGCACCGCAGCGUUUGGUCUGUUUGCCAUGAAACAACUGAACUAAGGUUUAGCUUCAGGCUUGUCUACAUUUUCUCCUAUAACUUGUUCCAGUUCUGUGGUCACACAUGGAUCCUAGCUAACACCAUUGUGAGGUUUCUCACCUUUGGUCAAGAUGCUCUAGCAGACACAUUUUACUCCGUGGGCUUUGUGAUGAGCCUGUGCCAGCUGCUCUCCAACCUUGAGAUCUACCACAUCACAGAUGGGAUCGAGAAGGCUCGGCUCAUUCCUCGCUUCAUCCAAGUGAUGGAGAAGAACAUUCUGCUGAUCAUGGUCAUCAUGUUGGAGGAGGUCCAAAGUAAGCAUGUUGUGUGUGUGCAGUUCUUCCUGUGGAAUACACUGGAUCUCUUACGGUACCCUCAUGAACUUCUGUGUGUUAUGGAGAGACCCUCCAUAACGAUGUUGUGGAGCCGUUACACUCUCUGGAUCCCCUUAUACAUCCUGUCAGUUGCCGUUGAAGGUGUCACUGUUUACCAGGCCCUGCCGUACAUUGAGCCAUCAGCCUCCCACUCUGCUUACAUUCAUCUCCCCUUCCUGUUGAUGCUCUACCUGUCGCUUCUCCCUGUAGGCCUUCUAAGAGCACCAAAGGGCAGGAAGACCAGACUCCCGAAGGCAGCAGCGGUAAUAAGCAGCCAGACAUAAAGCAUCAUCCAAGCUCUCCAUACACCCAGGACAGAAGUAGGUCGCCAGCAAACUACAGGAGCAGCAGCCCCCAGGUCACUGAGGCACAGAGCGAGCCACCCCAAGCCAGGGAACGGGUCCCCUCAGCGCCUAGGGCCCGCAUCAACCCCUCUCAGCAAGAUCACUUGGCACCAAACAGGGAGACCUCCCCAGAGCCCCCAACAUGUUAGGUAGUCAAGCUCAAUGCAGCAGUCGGAACCCAGAGGGAUAUCUUUGAUGCCAAGGUUUCCUUUGAAAAUGGAAUGAUUGCAAACAGUUUUAUAAAGAAAAGUUAUGUGCUUGUGGACAUGAAUACAAACACAGGAAAAUGUCUUUGUGUAAACCCUCUGCUUGGAGCCAUCAUCUGUUCCCAGGUUUCAUUUUUACAAGGAGCUGAAGUCUCUGACAGAAAGCUGAAUGAGAAAAUGAGAGCCUAGUGUAAGAGUGUUAGAUCCAGUUCUCAUCACUGUUGCCUCUCAGUUGGAAAGUUGUAGGUUUGAAUAUUACCCAUCAUCAUUCUGUGGACCUGUAUGGAGUUUGUCCUAACUGUGGAUGUGUGGGUUCUCUCCGGGUACUCCAGCUUCACCUUGUUCAUUCAUUGGUUAACUCCAGCCUCCAGGUAGCCAAUAAAUGGAUUAGGUAAGUACAUUUAAUGGUUGGACACAAUGCCUUGACCAAGUAUCUGUCCACCUUAAACUUUCCCACUUGUCACAUGACAACCACAAACCUUCUGUUUAUAAUUGGGAUAUUGUGUCACACACCAACACAAAGUAGUGCAUAAUUGUGAAGUCAAAUGAAGUUUAAAAUGUUUGACAAAAAGAAAAACAAAGAAAAUUGUGGCCUGCAUUUGUAUUCAGUCCACCUGAUGAAUGCAUCUUAUUGCAAUGAUUGCUUCUAGAGAAGGUAACAAAUGAAGAAAAUGAUCUAAAAUGUGUUCAGAUGGCUCUGUCACUAAAUAUUCCCACAAAGGGACAUUGUAAUUAGCAGAGACAAAAACAUGGAGCACACGUUCUAAGAGCUGCACUGUGUUGGUGUGUUCUGCAGGAGCCUCAGUAACAGUCUGGCAGCUGCUGAAGGAGAAGAAACACCAUCUGGAGAAACUGUACAAAAACAAGAAGAAAUAAUCCAGAGUUCGAUUCUUCGAGUAUAAAGGGAGGACUUUCAAACGGUCUGAUUCAUAAGCUGGCAAAAAAGGACAAACAAGAUGCAACAUUUUCUGAAGCAGUUUUAAUGAAGACAAUGUUUCUCCACAAGUUCCUUUCACCAAGUAGGACAGAUGAUUUUUUUUUCUUUGUACAAGUGUUACCAUGGUAACAGCACGCCACGGUUCUUCCGAGCUACCAGCCGUAAGCUCUGGUCCACACGGCCUUCUUCCUGAACUCAGUAGAACCUUUCAGACAUACCAGAGCAGCUGAAACGAGCAGAACACUGAAGAUCAGACGGACAACUCUGAGUCAGUCUAUGUUUUCAUUGUUCUUGUGGCUUAAACUUGUAAGCAUUUAUCAGAAUGAAUAAAAGAGUGUCUGCAAUGUG